AAGUAGCUUUUUCUUAACUGAACAGCUCCAGUUCCGCAUUUUGUUCUUCCUGCCUCUCAAACAUGACGGACAUGAUAAAAUUAGACAGGUGCAGUGACAACCUUUACAUACAAUACGCCACACAAAAACUUUAUUUUCUUUUUACAGGAACAAAAAAGAGCAAUUAACGAGCAAUAAUUCCAGGACCACAUCAUCUAACCAAUUAAUUAUCAAACAAGGCGAAUUUGUUACCAGCUUCAUUGAUUUGUUCUUCCCUCCCUCUGUUGGGGCGGAUCUCCUACCUCCACCCCUUUAGUUUCUCAACUUCUCACUAACUAAUCUCUUGGCGAUACUAACCUGAGAGAACAUAUUCGGCUACUUGCUUCAAAAGUAGGAGCAAAAAUCAUAGCGAAGUUUUUGGGAUAACACUAUUUUGAAAAGUAAUCCUUUACAACGUUAUGCGCAAUUCAAAGUAAAACGUAUCCCUGUCUACUUAUAAAAAACAGUGAUUCUGAACACUAGUUAACACAUUUUUCAAAGUUUUUGGCAGAAAAUAAAAGUAAUUUUGUUUCAGGCGCAUGCGCUGCUUUACAGAGCAAGCACGAAAUUCAAACAACUUGAGCUAAGUUUUGGAACUACAACUCUAAAGAGAGUGCAUAUGAAGAUUAGUUAAGGAACUUAAAAAAAAAAAAAAAAAACACUUGUUGCAAUUUGUUUAGUGUUCGAGCUUAUGAUGGUGGACCGUGGACCUGUCUUAACAUCUGCUAUAAUUUUUUACUUGUCUAUUGGCGCUGCAAUAUUUCACGUGCUAGAAGAGCCAAAUUUUCAGAAAGCUGUGACAGAAUACAAGAAUAAAAAGGAUAACAUCCUGGAAAAGUACCCUUGCCUUUCCCCCGAAGACCUGGAACAAAUUCUUGAGGCCGUAUCUGAUGCUGCUGGCCAAGGUGUUACCAUCACUGGCAACAAGACUUUUAACAACUGGAACUGGCCAAAUGCUGUUAUUUUUGCUGCUACCGUCAUAACUACAAUAGGCUAUGGGAAUAUUGCUCCCAAAACUUCAGCAGGCCAAAUGUUCUGUAUAUUUUAUGGACUUUUUGGAGUGCCACUCUGUUUGACUUGGGCCAGUGCACUGGGAAAGUUCUUUGGUGGGAGAGCCAAAAGACUUGGGCAGUUUUUAACCAAAAGAGGAGUAUCAUUGAGAAAAGCACAAAUAACCUGUACAGCAAUCUUCCUCAUCUGGGGUGUAGUCGUGCAUUUGGUUGUGCCUCCCUGUGUUUUCAUGGUGACGGAAGGCUGGUCCUACAUUGAGGGGCUUUAUUUUUCCUUUAUUACAAUCACCACCAUUGGAUUUGGAGAUUUUGUAGCAGGUGUGAACCCCAAUAUUGAUUACAAUACACUUUACCGAUACUUUGUAGAAGUUUGGAUUUUUCUUGGCUUAGCCUGGCUGUCAUUAUUUUUCAACUGGAAGGUCAGCAUGUAUAUAGAGGUCCAUAAAGCGAUAAAAAAACGAAGAAAGCGGAGAAAAGAUGAUGAUUCCAGCUAUAGGAAACAACAAAAGAUAUCCACCACUGGUACAGAUGAUGUAAAAAUAUUCACUUUCCUCUCUAAGAAACCUGAGGGAUACAAUGAUCUUAUCAAACAAAUAGGGAAUAAACCCUUAAAGAAUGGAGGUGAAACCAUUAGAAAUGGGACAGUGACAGUUAAAAAUGACAGACUAAAUAACAGCAGCAGGGGUCCUGUUGUUAUGUUUACAAAAACAAAAGAAAUAAAAUUCUCUGAGAACAAAGUUCCAAACAGAAAUGAGGAGGAAGAGACCAAGACUUUGUGUGACCAGGACUCUGUUAGUCAUACUCAGGAGUUGUCCUUGGAAAACCAGCUUGACAAAACCAAGCACUGUGAGGCCGAGUCGUGGCACUGCAGAACGUACAACUCACCAGCCUUUGACCGUGUCAACAUAAUGUUUGCAAAUGAGGCAGACUUGCUAGAAUAUGAAAGAAACUCAAGAUACUCUACAGAUGAAAAUGUAAUAGAGGAGCCUGAAGCUCCGGAAACAUUAAGUACAUCUUUAGAGGAGAUUAUUUCUAGUAGUGGUGAAUCAACUGAAUCAUUGCCAUAUGAACAAAUAAUUGAUUAUGGCAAGGUAAACAAUGUCUAGGGCAUUGUAGUUUGCAAGCCUCAUCUAAAGUCAGCAUCUAAUGGUGAUUAUGUCAAAACUAAGGAGAGCUGCAGUCCGAUGUUGCAUGGUUGGUAAGGACUGCAAAAAAAUAAAACAUUCCUUAGUCUGCUCCUGCACGUGCAUGUGCCACAGGAUCAGACUUGUUUCUGGAAUGUACUUGUGACCUCUUAGUUGGGGCACUGGUUUUGUUCGUAGUUUUAGAUGCCUUUUGGGCAUUUUCAGUUAUUGAUACCUGCAAAUCUUGAAAAUUAAGUAUUACACUGGUCCUGUUUUAUGGACUAUUAGCAAAUGUUUGCACACAGGAAGUAGGUUGUAGGUUUAUUGUGAAAAAGGAACUCUUUAUAAAUGUUUUUUGAAAGAGGCUAAAAUAACCAGGAUUGCUUGAAGGAGCAUUUCUUGAUGGUUUUCUUUUUGGAUUACAGCGCGUCUUGGAGGUGACCUUUCUUUCCUUGCAUCAUAACUGUUUGAGCUAUGAAAACUUUCCAUCUGUGACAUUUCAUAAAAAUUUAUUUUGCAGUGUAAGUCCUCUUAGAACUUUAAAGGGCUUGAAAGAUGGACCGUGUAGGGUAAGUAAAGCAACUACAACAGUUGUACUGCUGGUCAGUAUAUCCACCCUGCACAUGUUAACAGUUAUGUACACAAAAAAGUGUUUAUCUUGCACCUACAUCAUGCACUAGGCUUGAGAAAAUCAAAGCUGAAGCCAUUUUGUGUUUCUCUGAUCAUUCCUCGGACAUCUGCAGUAAGCAAGCACUCCAGAGAAAGAAUCCAGUGUGUUAUUUAGGUGACUUGAUAGAUUCAGACUAGAUAUUAUUUGAUGGAUAUUGUUUCAUGAGAGACACUGAGAGGUGUACUCACAGACCUAAAAUGAAACUGUAAAGUAACAUAGUUACAUAAAUAUUGUUAUGAAUUUGGUAUACUUCUAAAAUUAAGAUUUUACAGAUAUCUUCAGAAUGUAAAGUGUGUAUUGAACAGCUCGGAUGAAAACUGGGCUCAGACAUGCAUGUCAGAGAAAUCUGGAAUGCAUGUUUAUCGUUUUGAGAUUGUGUUUCUAAGCUAUUGCAUACAGAACAAAUACCAUUCAAAGAAAAUGGCUGUGCACAACCAAGUGGUUUUGGAGUAUUUCUUAAAGUUGCUGUAGUUGUCUGUCUUAAUUUUUAUGUAAUAAAAAAAAAAAAAAAGUGUGCUCACAUGGUACUGCCACAAACAACUUUUGAUCUGACUGAAGUGUAAUUGUCAGUUUUGUCUGACUUUAAGUAUUAAUGUUGAAGAUCAACAGUGUUAUUUCACUGAGUUCUUGUUGCUUCCUCAGAGCAGUGGGUUUUGAUAAUUUUUCAUUCCCUGCUGAAUUAUUUACGUUUGUAGUGGUCACAGUUUUACAACAAUGGCAGUGAAAUGUUGUCAGGUACCCUGUCCCUUUGACAAAAAAACUUCCUAGAUUCUUGAAGGUGGCAUUGACCAACCAGAGUUGGGGAGUUAUACAUGUUACUGUCCGUCUAGCCAUAGGCCUUGUAUUAUGCUUUUGAUUCCACAGACUGAAAUUUAAAAUCACUUUCAAAAUGUAUUGAAGAUGAUAUGCAGGUUUAUAUUAUCUGCGAGAGAGAGCAGUGGAAUGGUUAUAUAGCAUGUUGUACGUCAUUCCUGUCUUCCCCACACCUGUAGCAAGUGAAAGUAUGUUUUUAUGUUGCCAAAUACGUCUAAAUUAAUUUGACAUUACUUUUGCUAUAAUUUCUAAAGCAAUGUUGUGUUCUUAAGAGCCAAGGUGCCCAGAAAGAUAUCUGGGGUUAUUAUCUAGCUUCUGUGUUUGACAUAUAGGGAAAUGAUCCGUAAUCAUAAAAGUUUUUUGGGUGUCACAUAUAAACUGUAAACAAGAUCAUAUGUGAAUUUGUAUGUUAUGCCAUAAAGACACUCCUUGUUCUACAGACAGUGGAUGAUACAGUUGUUCCCAGCCAGUUUCAUAAACUUGCUUUUGCAGUGUGUAUGUUUACUUUUGGACACCUAAUUACAAUGACAAUUUGCUAGCCAUUGUUUCACAAUACAGGGAGAUAGUGAGAAGCUUUUUCAUUUGCAAGUGUUAAAAAAAUUCUUGCCUCAUAAGGUGGGCAGACCAUGUACCUAAACCCCCCCCCCCAAUAUCCUGUUAUAACAUUAGUAUAAAAUGGUAACAUUCGUAUAGAAUGAUUUCAUUUAUUUAAAUUGCCAUUGUCAAAAAAGGCCGUUGUACUCUUGAUAGUUAAAUAUAGUAGCCAGAUAACUGAUGGUAUGUGUUUUCUAAAUCUGCCUACCAUUUUAUUGCUUAUUUUAGUAAAAUUAUACUGUCAAAGCAUUGGUUUCCUUGUAUUGUGCCUUUUGCCUCUAUACAGCUACUGAAAACCAAGUAUUCAUCUUGUCAGUUUCAAUGGGCCAUUUACUGGGAAAGUGGCAAGUUUCACUGCAUCUGCCACAUCUCUAGAUUUUUUUCCUGAUUACAAAACUUCUGCUGAAGUGUUAGUAGUGUGGUUUCGUUCAUGUGGGUUUGUGCUAGUUAUUUUGUUAGCUUUCAUUCCGUUAUAUUUGACACAUUAUGAAAGCAGAGAAAGAUUUAUCGCUGAAAGUAAAGGUGCAAGAUGUCUGAGUUAGUGUCGGCACACCUGACUUUUUCAGUAUGUUAUUUCCAAAAGUAUUUCAAUUCUACCUACACUUGAACACUAAAAGGCUUUUGAUAGCUGGUCAUUAAAGUGAUCGUUUCCUGUCUUGUAAUUGUUUUUUUUUUUCAGGUUGACUUGCAUCUAUUCACAACAACAGAGCAUACUGUAAGAGCAAGACUUUUACAAGGAAAGUAACUUGUAUUGCUGGAUAGAACCUCUGACCCUUUUGUGAAACUAUUUUGUUCACUCAUUUUCAGUUGCCAAAGUUCAGACUGUCAGAAAUAUAUUUUUAAUGAAAAGGUAUAUUAAGGUUGAUCCAUUCUAUAGGUGCACACUUUGUUAAAUCACAUUCCUUUACUUUGUUAACAUUGUCUUUGUUCGUGCAAAUAUCCUGAUAGCAGAAUGUUAACCAUGCCAUACAAAGUAACAAGCAUUGCAAAAGUCCUCUGGCUUCUGAAAUAGUCUUUUAUUUGAAACACCAGUUCAAGUUCAAAUCCCAGUCUACCUUGCAGAGUCAUGUCAGUUUCCAACACGUGUGUACUUGCAGGUUUCAUUCUUCUUUGUGAUGUUCUAUAAAAAUAACUGCAGUGUGGGGUGUUAAAAAAGCCAAGUACUAUACAGAGACCUCUACCCUCAUUGAUGAUAUCAAUCCUCAUUUUAUAAAGCUUUACUCUGUCACUUAUAAAAGCACAAUUUACACUGUAAUUUCUUAUUUUUUAAUAUAAAUCAUAAUAGCACCUGCAAGGUGUGCUUUUACCGUCUUUUGGUCCUAUAUAUAUAUAUAAAUAUAAACUUUUUUUUUAUAACUGGGGUACCUAGGAUAGACUGAUGCAGCUUCACCUUUUGUGGUUCCAAUGAACUCCUACCUCAUUUUUAUCUUGUAGAAUAAAACUAUAUACAGUGAAAAUUUGGAGUUCAGUUUUACUUUUAUAAAGGCCAAGAUUGAAAUUAACUAUGAUUAUCAUUUUGAAAUUAUCUCCCAUUUCCAGCUACAUUCUUUUAACCACUGCACCACAUUGAUUUUCCUUAGUAAGAAUUCAGAGGCACUAUAACAUUUGCACAGUGCACUACUACACAAUGUAAAACAUUACUGUUGGAGUAAAAAUGUCUGGGGAAAAGAUAACACAAGGAUAACUUUCUGUUCCUGAGGUUAUGUAUCAUAUGAUUUUUAUUAAAGUAAGGGUAGUAGGUAUCCAGAAAAAUUAAUAACUGUAUGUAAUAGUACAUGAUGCUGCUGGAAGACUGUGUUAUAGUCUUGAAUGGAAAAUGGUUUCUUAUGAUAGUUAUCAGGAUUUUACUUCAGACCUGCUGGUCAAUUAGUUGACUUGCAAAUCACUCCAUGGACAAAAAAUGAAACAAACUCCUUAACUCGAGGAGCAUAUUUUAUUGUUUUUGUCACUGUAAUCACAUUUGUGUUGUAAAUAUGUGAUGGUUGUUUAGUGUCACUGUAAAUUAUUCCAUUUUUUCAAUAAAAUAAUGAAAAGAAA